UGUCUGUCUCUGUCACUGUCUCUUUCCUCUACUCUCGUCCUUUAUAUUCCUUCAGAAACUAUUCAAUCUUCUUCAUCUCAUCUCCUCUCUCUCUCUCUCUCUCUCUGUAUCUCUUCAACUUUCAAGCGGUUUGCGCUCAUGGAGAAGGUGCCUGAAACUCCUCCCAGAAUCCCAGUUCUAUCAGAUAAUACCAACUUGGAAUGCAAAACAACCCCUGAGCUGAAGCAGCAAACCAACGAGACUUCUCGAAAUCCUGGGAAUGAAUUGCGCAAACCCACCACGCCCGACCUGCUUAAAGUUCCCAAGGCGUUCAAGUACCCAGAAAGGUAUCGGAGCCCGACUGACAUGAUGGUUUCACCCAUCACGAAAGGCUUACUUGCCAGGGCAAGGAGGGGCGGAGCUCUCUUGCCUCCAAGCAAGGAUCAGCUCAAGGUUCAAGACAUGCUUGCUCAGGAAAAAGGUCUCUUUCCAUGACUAUACUUUGUGGUUUUCCCCCGUGGUUCGAUUCAGAACAGGCUGAUUAUGAAUCUCCAUGAAUCUGCCCAGUUGAAGGAUCAAAAGAUGAUAGACAAAAAUAAAAAAGUCGAGUUUUGUCGAUAUAUAAUUGCAGAGUUCAUGUAUUUGCUAUACUUGCCUACUGUACCUUCUGCCUUUCUGCCUCCAUUCUGCUCUGCUGUAAUUUUGUCGCACUUUUGUAAUACAAAAGGUUGAUUGUUGACCA